GUAUCGACACACCUCUAUAUAUCCAACCUCAAAUCAUAGUCAUCAAAUACAUAUCUAGGAAGACGUUUCGUACAAAGUUGUUCUUGUGUCUUCUUUAGAUUUGCCUUGUUGUACAACCACCAGUCCACUUCCUUCACUUCCAAUACGCCCAACCUUAUAUCUGUUGGAACGUAUCCUGCGUGAUACCGCCCCAUGAUGGAUCUGUCACCUCCAUCCUUGACUCGGUCGCCGGCGUCACCAAGUACAAAUUGCUCCGGCAGCCCUGUUCUAGAUUACCCUUCGCCGGACUUUGUAGACCCCAUCUACAAAAUCACUACUAUGUACGAGCAAUCUUGCGCAUCGAUGCCUUCCCACAUGGACUCUGAGCACCAGCUCCCGCCUUUGGACGUCAUGACUUCGAACGACUGGAAUGGAGCUUCCGUGAUGCAUCACCACUCGACGUUAGCGGCGCCGAAUAUGAUGGCGUCCGAGUAUGACUCUUUUGCUCAUUACGAGCACAACAUGCAUGCGCAUUACAGUCACGAUCUAUACCCACCUCACCCGUCUCAGGCGUCAAUGCUCUCUAACCACCAUACCCCCUCGUUAUCUUCAACCGCCUCCCAUUCACCAGAACCAUCGUCGAGACAUGCCUACAGUUAUCCUCAGAGUGUCUCGCCCAUACCGCGAAUCAAGAUGGAAACACACGCUCCCAUUGACUAUUCAAGCGGGACCGAACUAACUCAGUACCCCUCACCUCGUUCUGCCCAUUUACCUCUAGAGCCCAGUAGCUAUGGCUCGACUGCCGGUAGCUCAGGCUAUCUAUCAGAUGUUCCCUCAGGAUCGUGGCCCAAGUCGGAGUAUCCGUCGCUCGAUUCCGACCCGUACUAUGGCGGACCUAGCAGUGCCGCGACGUACUCACACGACAGGCGACAGCUUCGCGUGCCGAGGACGCAGAGGAGACAGCCCCGGAAACUGACGACAAAGGAGGAGGCCAAUUUCCAAUGCGAGGUUAAGGGGUGCGGCAAGCUCUUCAGCAGGAGCUACAAUUUCAAGGCGCACAUGGAGACCCACGACGAAAAGAGAGAGUAUCCGUUCCCCUGCACGGUGCCGGACUGCAACAAGAAAUUUGUACGAAAGACGGAUCUGCAAAGACACAACCAGAGCGUUCACAUGAAGGAGAAGAACCACCGAUGUGACUACUGUGGUCGCAUGUUUGCGCGGAAAGAUACCCUUCGAAGACACAUGGAAGAUGGAUGCUCGAAGCGCUUCGACCUGGGAACCUUAGACUUGCGUGCCGAGGGCUACAACGCCUACCCGACGCCCACGAGAACACUCGGCAGCACUCCAAAUCACCUAGUAGCACCACCAGCGCAAUUACCGCCUGUGACCAUGUCCCAAGUUAGCAAUAGCAACCUCUUAGCUCCGAUGCCUUACACGAAGAGAUGAAAAAGCUCCCCCCUACCCCUUUAUUUUACUUUUUACCUACGAUGCUUGACGACGAAGACUACGACGAAGUGGAGGGAUACACGCCAUGUCUACCUCUCGAAACUACUACAUGGGAAGGCUAUUUUUUUUCUUCCGGGUUUUUUCAUUUUCUAUCUGUACGAAAUACCCUUGGGCAGGGUUGGCCUGGAUCGGUUCUCAGUGGGGAAAAAUGGGCCAUAAACGAUUUUUAUCAUUGGGAGGAUCAUCUGCUGUUUUUUUUCCCACACUUUUUGGGUCGUUGGAUAUUAACUAUCGGGGAAAGCGAUUGCUUU